AUGCAACAAGAGCCCACCGAGAAUUCAGAAUCGCGUCGUCACACAACCGCCCUCGAAGUCCCUUCCCACUCCGCCCACGAUGGCUCCCUUCACCAUGAAGCCGACCACCUGCAGCGCGUCCGCUCCGCCGCCUCCGGCAGCUCCCGCAGCGCGUCGCCACGCUCCACGCGUCUCGACCCUCUCGACGCCGUCGAUGCCAACCAGCUCGACGAGAGACUACGUGGGCUGAGCCUGCGCGACGGCAGCGGCAGUCGCCAUCGCCCCACGGCCGCAGGCCAGAGGAUUUUGGACUAUGAGAAUGCCCUAACGCCGCCCACACCGAGGCAGGCUAUGGGCUUCAAGGUCAUCAAACGCUCUGACUCAUUCAACGGCGUGAAGCUUACCGACUUUCCCAACGAGAUCUUGACACACGUGUUGUCCCAUCUCCAUCCCGAUUCACAUGCCUCGGUCGCGCUGGUGUCGAAGCGCUUCUACGCACUCGUGACGACACCGCACGCAUGGCGGAUGGCCUUCCUGCGCUACUUUCCGGGGCAAACCCUCCUAGACAAGAAAGCUGCAAAGGCAGAAGCGGACGUCUGGGCAGAAACAGCAUCUGACAUUGUUCGGUUCGAGACUCGCUACUUCUGUCGCUUGACGCCUCUCGCAACAUGGCGUAGCGAGUACCUAUUCCGAACGCGCCUAAUUCGCAGCCUGGCUCGUGGCAAGCCCGGAACGUCUACCGGCAACAUCGGUUCGUCGGGAGGCGGUGGCCCGUCCGGGAAGAAGAAGAGCGCUGUCCUGACGUACAACUCCAAACUCCCCUGGCUGGUCACAAAUGUUCACGCCGUCUUCUCCAAUGGGAAGAAGCCCCCUCAGGCUAUUCAAGGCACCGCCGAUCUCGGUGUGGCGACAAUGAGCGAUCCUACCAGCGGCAGGAUCGAGCGGUGGGGAUUCCAAGACCCCUUCACAGCUGCUCAGCUCGAGGAGGUGGCUCCUAAUCUUGUGCCGUACGGCCUCGGAGAUGGUCCUGCUGCUGCUCCAAACGUCAUGGAUGUGAGCCAGCCGUAUGGCGUGCUCUCGGGCGAAGGCUUUCCUGGUGGACGUGCAUACUUCAGGGGUGUAGACGAGCUAUGCGGCCGCUACCUGGGCGGCGAUAGCGGCGUCGUCGACACUUAUCCCGAUAUCCCCAAGAUUCCUGAAAUGUCGGACGCCAUCUGCAGCGUCUGGAUAGCCAAGUCCUCGGCGGUGCCUACUGCCACGCAAUCACUUUGCGGAAUGCUCACCGGCACUGCCCUUGGCGUCGUCACUGCGUAUUCCCUUGGCUGGGACCCCAGCGGACCGCGACAUGCCAGCGGCGAUAUGACGGCGCGAUGGAUCCUGAGCCCUGGUGUGCCCAUCAUCUCCAUCAAGGUCGACGACGCGUACAGCAUCAAACGCAAGUCAUCGGCCAGAGCCUGGGCCGUGGCACUCAAUGCUUUGGGUGAGGUUUUCUACUUGACCGAGACACUCUCGGCGCCCCAGACCCGUGCCAGCGGCGACGACAUCACCAGGCAUGCAUGGCUUGCUGGGCGCUCAGUCUACUGGCAUCUCAUCGAAGGCACGCGCCGCGUUGCGCGCCCGGAUGACCUGGACAAGAACGCUUUGCGCGGCGCGUAUUCUCCCCGGUCCCCGUCGGACUCGAUGAAGCUCAACAAACUGCAGCUGGCCGCCGAGGCACGGGAGAUUGAGAAAUUUCUGCGCCACAAGCCCGCACACUUUCGCAAGGUGUGUGAGGGCUGGGACAUGCGACGCAGGCUCGAGGUCGACUUUGCCGCCGAUGAUGGCAAAGACGCGGGAGAAGGCGUAUUCGUGAUCGACUGUGGGCUGGCUGAAGAUCGACCUGCUUGCGUCCGACGAUUUUCGAGGAUGCUGGCACCAACACAGGUCGACGACGGCACUCGAGGAGCGCAAUCGGCUGCGCCUUCACCUGUCCGCGUCGUCUCGUCUCUCUUCGGGGCUGUCGAGUCUAAAGCCACCAUUACGUCCGGCUCUCCUGAGCCCGUAUCGCCCAGGCCACCCCCUCCGACGCCAUCAGCGCCAUCUGGCCUGACGCAAGGGUUACAUGAGUGGCACUGCUCUUAUUUCGAGCUCAGGAAUCAUGGCCAGUCCAUUAUCACUUCCUCUGCCUUGGACUGCUCCUUGCAAAGCCUGCACACCUUGGCAGAGGACCCCCUUCACGUUGCCACCGAGUCUGGAGCGCCGUCCACCAAGACCAGGCCCAAGAUAGCCUCGGCCUCCGUUGAAAUCCCAGGCCGCAGGGCACGGCCGUUCGCUAUUGGCACCAAAGGCGGGGCUGUGCUAGUCUGGGAUGCACGUCAUGGACUUUCUGAAGGAGUGCGCCCAAUCCGAAUCAUCCAGACCGAUUCACCUGAGAUAUCCUGUCUCGCAAUAUCGGCGCUGUAUCUGGUGCAUGGUGGCAGCGAUGGGCUCGUCCAGGCCUGGGACACGUUGGCAUCGACGACUGAUCCCGUAAGGACUCUGAACGCCCGGUCUAAUGGGCGUGUUCCUCGGCACAUGAUGGUGAUGAACCCGGCUCUACGCGAGGGCAGCUAUUCUGCCGUGGGCGCAAUCUACCUGGAUCCAGAUCCUACCACCCUCCGUGGUGUCCUGUCUUUUGGAGCCUUCAUGCGCUUUUGGACUUAUAGCUCAGCAAACCAUCCAGCGGGCCGCAAGCGCCGCCUUCGACAUUCCGACGUUCAUGGCCGCCUGGCAAGUCGUCGGCUCGGCGGAGCUGUGUCUGGCUACAUUGCUGCGGAGGAAGCCGAGCUCCGGCGUGAAAACGAACAGCGAGCACGGGAGCAGACCCGACUGCGGCGGCGUUUCGGCGUAGGCGCCCUCGGGGACUUGACCGAGGAAGAGGCAUUGCGGUACGCGCAGAUGGUGUCGGAGGAGGCGUACCUCCAGGACGAACAGCGACGAGCCAGCGAUUCGGCAGCCGACGCCAGCCUCGAUACUGCAUCCUCGGUAAGCGAAACCACGGUAGACACAGUCACGCCCGAGCCCAGCGUCACGGACGCGAGCCCUCAAGUCAACAUCGCAGCCACCGACGACGAGAGUGAGUUUGAGCAGCAGAUCCAGCAGGCAAUCCGCCUCUCACUCCUGGAGGGCGUGAACGACCUGGGCCAGUCACCUCGAGGCAACAGCUCCGGCGACUUCGAGUAUGCAAUCACAGUCAAGCCCAAGGGCAGCAAGAAGGGGAAGAACUCGGGCUCUGCGUCAUCGUCGCCGGCCAGCCACACCCCCAUCAAUGACCUCGCUGCCGGAUCCUCCCGUCCAGCCGCCAACGAGGACGAGGACCUAGCAAUAGCCCUCAGCCUCAGUAUGCAAGACCAGACGUCGUCGCCGCCGCGCGCGUCUGUUGUCUCCGCGGUCGGACCCGGGGAACAGCAGGACGAGUUCCCUCCGCUGAAGAGUGAGGGCGUUGGCAAGGGGAAAGGAGUGAUGAGGUGGUAA